CCCACCGCGCUGUCUCUAUCAGCACUAGUUCCUGUAGCGCACCACUGAAGAGACACUUUGAGUAGCAGCUGUGAAGGUCGUGUAUUUAACUUGUGGUCAUGUCUCUUGUUAAGCCAGCGAUGCGUGGUCUUCUGGGGAAGAGGCUGCGGUUCCAUCUCCCCAUCGCCUUCGCCCUUUCUCUGGUGGCUGCCGCCGGCUUCAAGUACAUGGUGACGGAGCCCAGGAAACAGGCGUACGCUGAGUUCUACAGGAACUACGAUGCCGCCAAGGAGUUCAACAACAUGAGGGAGGCGGGGAUCUUCGAGAGCGUGCGGCCCUCCGGAGAGUAGACUUCCUCAUUCCUGCGAUCAAACCCUGACAGAAAAAUUCUCCCUGCGGUUCUUGAAUGGGUAGACUGAGCGACGCUAUGCUGUUGUGUUCCUCUACAAAUAAACUAUUAUAUUAAU